CGGGAGCUGUCACGUGCUGCAGUCAUCACAGUCAUGUGACCUGUGCGUCAUCAAGGUCCGCCAGAGAAGAGACUCUACACUACUUGCCGCUACCUUUGAAGUGCGGUAGAUCCGUGCAGCUGUUCCAUCCGGCGGCAGAGGAGACGUUACAUGAACACAAGAAGAUGGACGCCCUCGCGGAAGCCCUUGCAGGAAGUUUUGCUGUUUCUUCUGACCUUAAUAGUACAUCAGCCCCUCAUCCAAGAUUAGCUCAAUACAAAGGCAAAUACAGCUCUCUAGAGCAAAGUGAGCGCAGAAGAAAGCUGCUUGAACUGCAAAAAUUGAAACGUUUGGACUAUGUAAACCAUGCUCGGCGGCUUGCUGCUGGCGAUUGGACAGUCCAAGAAGAAGAGAAGGAAGACAGUGAUAAAAAAACAGAAGAUGUGGAGGAGGACACAGAGGACAUGGAUGUGGAACCUUGCAAAAAGUUGCCCAGACAUUAUGCUAACCAACUUAUGCUUUCUGAAUGGCUAAUAGAAAUUCCUCCAGACCUGGCUGAUCUUUGGCUCCUUGUAGUCUGCCCUACUGGAAAGCGUUCUCUGGUUGUUGCUUCUCGGGGUUCUUCUGCAGCUUAUACUAAAAGUGGGUAUUGCGUGAACAGGUUUCCAUCUCUUCUACCAGGAGGAAACCGACAUAACAGUGCCAGUGGUAAAGAUUAUACAAUUCUAGACUGUAUAUAUAAUGAAGAGUCUCGAACAUAUUAUGUGUUAGAUGUUAUGUGUUGGAGAGGACACCCGGUGUACGACUGCCAAACUGACUUUCGCUUUUACUGGCUUCAAUCAAAACUCGAGGAAGAAGACGGGUUGUGUAAUAUUUCCAAGAUCAACCCCUUCAAGUUUGUUGGGCUACAGAACUUUUCCUGCUCGCUGAAUUCCAUUCAAAAUGUUCUUACACAAUCCUAUCCCUACAAGGUGGAUGGCCUGUUAUUUUACCACAAGCACACACACUAUACUCCAGGGAGUACUCCACUGGUUGGAUGGCUUCGUCCAUACAUGGCACCUGAAAUCCUAGAAUUUCCUGCCCCACCCGGACCCCUUACAGAGAAGCCAGCAUAUGCACACGAACAAAUGCGACAAAUUCUCGAACACAAAAAAGAUGGGAAAGGAGCAGCAGAGGGUGGACGUUAUGAAUUAGAACAUCUGUCGACAAUAUCUCCAUCUGUGUGAGACUGCUAGGAUUGAAUCCACAUUCAUUGUUGCCAUUUAACAACAUCGGAUCACUUUUUCGUUUUUUUUUUUU